CCUCACGUAGUCUGUGGGGAGCAGCUGGUCCACAGCCCCUACAUGCAGUGCCUGGCCUCCCUGGCUGUGGGUCUCCACCUGGACCAGCUCCUGUGUCGCGCACCCGUGUCCCCUCACCUCCGACACUGCCCGCCAGAGUCCGGCACCGCCGUCUGGUGCGCCAGCGAGUGGGCCUGGCUCGACUGCUUCUCCACCACGGUGAAGGCGGCGGAGGCUCUCGCUCGAGGCGUCACCUUCUCCGAGUCGUUCUCCGUGCCCGACCUGGAGCCGGUGCCCAAAGACGAGAUGGCUCUGCUGAUGGACAACAGUAAAUGGGCGUCUGGGAUGGAUGAACAGAUCAUGUCCUGGGCCACGUCCAGACCAGAGGACUGGCACCUUGGGGGGAAGUGUGAUGUGUAUCUGUGGGGUGCAGGGCGACACGGACAGCUGGCAGAAGCCGGCAGAAACAUCCUGGUCCCAACCACCGCCCCCUCCUUCUCUCAGGCCCAGCAG